GAAAAGCAGAGCUCCAAAACCCUAACGUAGCCUGAAAACCCCCGCCACGCCAUUGGGAAGCAGAGCUGCAAGCGGAGAAGAAAGCCAAGGGGGGUAAAAGAUCGCGCCUUUCCCAUUCUCUGCGAGCCCCCAAAAGAAGCCUCUGCCUCUUUCUCUUCCGAUGGCUACUAUUCCAGUUAAUCCUAAACCUUUCUUGAACAACUUGACUGGGAAGCCAGUUAUUGUGAAGCUUAAGUGGGGCAUGGAAUACAAAGGUUUUCUUGUCUCAGUGGAUUCCUACAUGAAUUUGCAGCUUGCCAACACAGAAGAAUACAUUGAUGGACAAUUCACUGGAAGCCUGGGAGAGAUUCUGAUCAGAUGUAACAAUGUUCUGUAUCUUCGAGGCGUCCCAGAGGAUGAAGAUCUCGAAGAUGCAAACCAGGACUAAUUGUGAUUCGGGUUCAAAUAUCGAACGUGUAGCUCUACGCGGUCUGCGUUCUGAGUGAAGCUGAAUGUGAUUGAUCCAAGAAAACUGUAAUCAUCAAAAACAAGAGCUGGAUUUCGCAUUGUAUUUAUGUGUCUUUUCCGGAGAUGCAUUUGUUUGUCCAAAACUCCCAAAAUCAUCCAUGGCUUUGUAUCUGAAUUUGGUGGGAUAACUUGUGUUAUUUGACUAGAUUGUAGCUUCCAAAUACGUUGGGCUUUCAGAUCACUGCAAUACAAGGUUAUUAUAUCUGCA